AAAAACAAAGAGCUGCAUAAAUAUCCAGCUCUUCACAUGACGGGCCUCGCUGCUGCAGCGCCACCUGCUGGAAAACAUCAGCGCUGCUGGAGCGGCCGGCCGCCGCCAGGGGGCGCCGCAGGCCGCGCACAUUCCUCCUGCCUCAAGCUGUUAGCUCCGAUUAAAACGUCAAAAUGCGGCCAGACAGCAGUGAUGACGUCAUGUUUAAUACCUCCCAGCAUGUUCUGGUUCCGAUCCAGCUGCAAUAGAACCAGGUCUCAACUCAUUAACACACGAACAUCUGCAGACAUUUAUUAUUCUGACUGAAAUGAGUUCUGGAUGUUUGAAACCUGCAGAUGAUCCAGAAAGACGCGUAAAAACGGGAAAACUUUCCCAGUUUUCCAGACAGUUUUCCAGACAGUUUUCCAGACAGUCUUCCAGACAGUCUUCUGCUCCUUCCCUUCCCGGCAUGCUGCGCCGCCGUCUCCAUCUGCAGCCGCGCGCUCCUCCAUCAUUGGAAAGGAAUGCAGAAAUAUGGAAAAGUUUCCGUGCGCGUGCCAGCCCUCAGAGUUACGCACCACUUUCUGGCCCGGCUGUGUCGUAAGCGCUGGGAGUGCUGGGAGUGCUGGGAGCAGCCCCCCUGUUAAGUAGCGGGCCGCGUGGAAACCCUCCCCACUUGGAAGAGGCUCCCCGACGCGUCUGGGAAGCCACAGAACCCACGGAGACCCCGAACCGGACCGGACCGGACCAGCCCGAGGCUUUCCUCCCGUUUCCAGAGCAGAACCAGCAGCUUCCCGCGCAGCUCGUCGCAUGCUGAGCUGAGGAAGAGGAGCCGAAGAUGAAGAGCGUCCUGCUGCUGCUGCUGCUGCUGGCCGCCUCCCGGGCCCAGGACCAAGUGGACGCGCCGAGCGAUUUAAGGUUUAAGAUUUUAAAUGAGAACACGGUUCAGAUGAUCUGGAGUCGGCCGCUCAGCAGGAUACAGGGCUACAGGAUACACGUGACCUCUGACUCAGGCGAAGCGGCGAGACAGCUUUCUCUGCCUGCCUCUGCGACUAAGACGUCCAUCUCAGAGCUGCGUCCUGAUGUGGACUAUGUGGUCACCAUGGUGGCGUUCGCCGGGCCCCAGCAGAGUCUGCCCGUCUCUGGCCAGCUCACACUCGAGUCGAGCAGCAGCUCCAGAGGAACCAGGAAACCCGAUUCCUCCGAUCCAGUCAGGUGCCCGGCCUCUGCUGCCGCUGACCUGCUCUUCCUGGUCGACGGCUCCUGGAGCGUCGGCAGGCCGAACUUCCAGCACAUCCGCAGCUUCCUGGCGGCGGCGGCCGGGGCGUUCCAGGUCGGCGAGGACCGGACCCGCGUUGGCGUGGUCCAGUACAGCGACGACCCGCGGACCGAGUUCGGCCUGAGCCAACACCUGACCCGACCCGCUCUGAUGAAGGCCAUCGGCUCGCUGCAGUACAAGGGGGGCAACACCAGGACAGGCGAUGCGCUCGGCCACCUGCUGUCCAGCGGCUUCACCGAGGCGUCCGGCUCCAGGCAGGACGUCCCCAAGCUGCUGCUCAUCAUCACGGACGGGAAGUCGGACGACCCGGUGGACGGCGCCGCCCGGCAGCUGAGGAGCCGGGGCGUGGACGUGUUCGUCCUGGGUGAGCCGCCGGACCUCGUGGAUCCGGCCUCUAACCUCCGAGUCGUCGAGGUGGCCUCCAAGUCCAUGCGGGUGAGCUGGGACGCCUCCGGCGGAGACGUUUCAGGCUACCGGGUCCAGACGAUCCCCAUGACGGCCGGCAGCAAGCAGCAGGAUCUGUACCUGGCCUCGUCUCAGACCUCCGUGGUGGUCAGAGACCUUUCCCCUGACACCGCGUACCAGGUCAACGUUUUCGCCUUGCAGGCCCUGAUGGCCAGUGAGCCUGUGUCGGUCAUGCAGAAGACAGAACCUGUUAAAGUCUCCCUGGAGUGCUCUCUGGGGGUGGAUGUGCAGGCCGACGUUGUGCUCCUGGUUGACGGAUCCUACAGCAUCGGCGUGGCAAACUUUGCCAAAGUGAGAGCUUUCCUCGAAGUUCUGGUGAACACCUUUGACAUCGGCCCAAACAAAGUCCAGAUCGCCUUGGUGCAGUACAGCAGGGACUCGCACACCGAGUUCCACCUGAACACUCACCAAGACGUCGACGCCGUGGUCAAGGCGGUGAGGACUUUCCCGUAUCGCGGCGGCUCGACCAACACCGGCAGGGCCAUGACCUACGUCAGGGAGAAGAUCUUCCAGAGCAGCAGGGGGGCGCGCGCCAACGUCCCCCGCGUCACCAUCCUCAUCACCGACGGCAAGUCGUCCGACGCUUUCAAAGAUCCAGCCACCAAGCUGAGGAACGCCGACGUGGAGAUCUUUGCCGUGGGCGUUAAAGACGCCGUACGAAGUGAGCUGGAGGCCAUCGCCAACGCCCCCGCGGAGACGCACGUCUACACGGUGGAGGACUUCGACGCCUUCCAGAGGAUAUCCAAGGAGCUGACGCAAUCCAUCUGCCUGAGGAUCGAGCAGGAACUCCGCAGCAUCUUCCAGAGACACGCCGGGCCGGCGAAGAACCUGGUCACCAGCGACGUCAGCGCCUCCAGCUUCAGGACGACCUGGACAGCGGCGCCCGGAAACGUCCAGGCCUACAAGGUCCGCUGGAAGUCCCUGUUCUCUGGGGAGCAGGGGGACAAAACCGUCCCAGGGGACGAGACGUCCACUGUCCUGGACGGUCUGAGUCCAGAGACCCGCUACCAAGUGUCUGUUAUCGCCGCCUACGACCACAAAGACAGCGAGCCGCUGACCGGGCUGGAGACCACGGACGCGUCUCCAGCGGCCAAGUCUCUGACGGUGUCCCAUGAGACGGAGCGGACCAUGAAGGUCACAUGGACACCGGCUCUGGGGAGCGUCCUCAACUACCGUCUGAAGCACGUCCCCGUGGACGGAGGCAGAGAGGUGGUCCUGAAGCUGCCGGGGACGGCGGCGUCCACCGUCCUGAAGCGCCUGCAGCCCGACACGUCCUACAGCGUCUCCGUCCUGCCCGUCUACAAGCGCGGGGACGGAAAAGCAAGGCAAGGAGUAGGAACGACACUGCCGGCCUUCAAGGCCCCCAGGAACCUGCUGACCUCUGAACCCACUAAGACCAGCUUCAGGGUCUCCUGGGACCCGGCUCCGGGGGAGGUGCGGGGCUACAGGGUGACCUUUCACCCCUCUGGCAGCGCGGUGGACCAGGGGGAGCUGAUGGUGGGUCCGUACGACAACACGGUGGUUCUGGAGGAGCUCAGGGCGGGAACCCAGUACUCUGUGGCUGUUUUCGGGAUGUUUGACGGCGGCGUGAGCUCGCCGCUGGCCGGGGAGGAGAAAACCACGCUGAUGGAUGAACCGGAACCGCUGCCUCUGGAUCCCUCUGACAACCAGUGCCGGACGCCGGCCAAGGCCGACAUCGUCCUGCUGGUGGACGGCUCCUGGAGCAUCGGACGCAUCAACUUCAAAACCAUCCGCAGCUUCAUCGCCCGCAUGGUCGGCGUGUUCGACAUCGGCCCCAACAACGUCCAGAUCGCUCUGGCCCAGUACAGCGGCGACCCGAGAACCGAGUGGCACCUGAACGCACAUGCGACCCGAGAGUCACUGCUGAACGCCGUCAACAAUCUGCCGUACAAAGGAGGGAACACCAUGACAGGAAUGGCUCUCCGCUUCAUCCUGGAGAAAAGCUUCCAGCCGUCGGUGGGGAUGCGUCCCGACUCCCGGAAGAUCGGCGUUCUGAUCACCGACGGGAAGUCGCAGGAUGAGAUCAUCGUGAGCUCCCAGAGCCUGAGGGACAGCGGCAUCGAGCUGUACGCCGUCGGCGUGAAGAACGCCGACGAGAACGAGCUGCGCUCCAUCGCCACCGACCCGGACGAGAUCCACAUGUACAACGUGGCCGACUUCCGCUUCCUGCUGGACAUCGUGGACGACCUGUCCAGCAACCUGUGCAACAGCGUGAAGGGCCCAGAGGAUUCUGGUUCCGAGCUGGGCCCGCCCACCGACCUGGUGACCUCUGAGGUCACGCAGUACUCCUUCAGAGCCUCCUGGAUGCCACCAGAGGUCCCCGUCGAGCAGUUCAGGGUCACCUACAGGAUGGCCGCCGGAGGCCCCACCAUGGAGGUCCUGGUGGACGGCGAGGUGACCACCGCGGUUCUGGAGAACCUGACGCCGCUCACGCAGUACGUGGUGAACGUGUUCGCCGUGCUGGAGGGCGCCAGCAGCGAGCCGCUGAAGGGAACCGAGACCACCUUGCCGCUGCCUCCUGCGAGCAACCUGAAGGUUUACGACGAGACGUCCAGCAGCAUGAGGGUGAGCUGGGAGGCGGCAGCCGGAGCGAGCGGCUACCUGCUGCUGUACAGCUCCAUCAACGCCUCGGAGCCUCAGCAGGAGCAGGAGGUUCGUGUCGCCGGAGGCGUGACGAACACCCAGCUGCUGCAGCUCAUCCCCAACACGCAGUACGGCGUCACACUCAUCGCUCUGCACGGCGAGGCCACCAGCGAGACCCUGGAGGGUCGCGGGGUCACCUUACCUCUGUCCCCGGCUGGAGAGCUGAGGAUCAGCGGCGUCACCCACAGCAGCAUGAUGCUGAACUGGGACGCGGCUCCUGGAGCCGUCCGCAGAUACAUGAUCGCCUACAAACCUGACGGGGGAGAGCUGAAGGAGGUGGAGGUGAACGGUGACAUCACCACGCUGCAGCUGACCGGCCUGAUCUCCCAGACGGAGUACGACGUCGCCGUCACCCCCGUGUACGACGACGGACCCGCCGCCCCCAUGCUCGGAACCGCCAUCACAGAUGUUGUCCCGGCUCCCAAGAACCUGCAGUUCUCCGAGGUGACCCAGAACUCCUUCAGAGCCACCUGGGAACACGGCGCUCCAGAUGUGGCGCUCUUCCGGAUCUCAUGGAGCAAGAAAGGCGAGAAGGACCUUAAGAACGAAAUCCUGAGCAGCGAUGAGAACUCGUACGUUCUGCAGAACCUGGACCCGGACACGGAGUACCUGGUGACCGUCACGGCCAUCUAUCCCGACGAGUCGGAGAGCGAGGACCUGAUCGGAACCGAGCGGACCUUGCUGAAGGCUCCAGAUGUGCGACCCGAGCCGCCGCGGAACCUGCGGGUGUUCAACGCCACCGUCUCCUCGCUGACUGUGAAGUGGGACGCCGCUCCCGGUCCCGUCAAGAACUACAAGGUCACGUACCUGCCGGUCGCCGGCGGCGAGCCUCAGACGGUAAGGCCCGGCCCGGAUCCUGGAGGGGAUUCGUCACGGGGAUCAGAGAGCAAAGGGAUAACAACAAUUAAGGCUGUGUUUGCCGUUGCAGAGCCCCUGGGCGGCGUGAGGAACCUGCAGGUGCUCAACCCCACCAUGACCACGCUGAACGUGCGGUGGGAGCCGGCGGAGGGCCGGGUCAGCGAGUACAAAGUGAUUUACGCUCCGGCAGCCGGAGGAGCGGAGAGCAUGGUAGGACUGGAAACGGUGUCGGCGGGAACCACGGCCACCAUCCUGCGCGGCCUGCAGCCCGACACGCUGUACUCCGUCACGCUGGUUCCGGUUUACGCUGAGGGAGAUGGGAAGAGGAUGUCUGAAAACGGGAAAACCAGAGCGUUGGGCGGCGUGAAGAACCUGGUGGUGAGCGACCCCACCAUGACCUCCCUGAACGUCCGCUGGGACCCGGCCGACGGCGCCGUGCGCCUCUACAAGGUCUUCUACGUUCCGGCCGCCGGCGGCCGAGAGGAGAUGGAACAAGUUCCCUCAGGAACCACAGCCACCGUCCUGAGGAACCUGCAGCCCGACACGCUGUACACCGUGUCCGUGGUGCCGCUGUACCCGGCGCGCGAAGGCCGGCGGCAGUCCGAGGACGGCAAGACGCUGCCUCUGAGCGGCGUCAGCGGCAUGAGGGUCAGCAACCCCACCAUCACCACGCUCGCCGUCAACUGGGACGCCGCCGACGGCAACGUCCAGGGCUACAAGGUCAUCUACGUCCCGGCGGACGGCGGCCUGGAAAUCGUGGAACAAGUGUCCGAGAGCACCACCUCCACCGUCCUGCAGAAGCUGCUGCCUGACACCAGCUACACCGUCACCGUGGUGCCGGUGUACGCCGAGGGAGACGGACCCAGCCUGACCGACACCGGCAAGACCAGGCCGCUGGGGUCCGUCAGGACCCUGCAGGUCACCGACCCCACCACCAGCACCCUGAACGUCCGCUGGGAGCCGCCCGAGGGAAACGUCCGCGAAUACAUCGUGAUCUGGGAGCCGACGGCCGGCGGAGAGCAGGAAGUGGACCAGGUCCCUGGAACCGCGUCCAGCACCGUCCUGAAGCAGCUGCAGCCGGACACGGAGUACUCAGUCACCGUCGUCCCCGUCUACCCGGAGAUGGAGGGGAAGUCCAUGUCUGAGACGGGGAAGACAAAUCCGCUGGGCGGAGUGAGGAACCUGAAGGUGGUGGAUCCCUCCAUCGGCACGCUGACCGUCCGCUGGGACCCGGCCGUGGGAAACGUCCGCACCUACAAGGUCUUCUACGCCGCGCAGCCCGGAGGACAGCAGGAAGUGGAGGAGGUUUCCGGCGGCACCACCAGCACCGUCCUGAGGAACCUGCAGGCCGACACGCUCUACAGCGUCGCCGUGGUUCCCGUCUACCCCGACGUGGAGGGGAUCCGGCAGGAGGACCAGGGCAGGACGAAGCCUCUGGGCGGAGUGAAGAACCUGCAGGUCACCGACCCGACCACCAGCUCCCUGAGGGUCCGCUGGGAGCCGGCCGAGGGCGACGUCCGCCAGUACCGGGUUCUGUACGCGCCGGCGGCCGGCGGCGCCGAGAGCGCGACGCAGGUUUCCGGGCUCAGCACCAGCGCGGUUCUGACGGACCUCAGCCCGGACACCCAGUACAGAGUGACCGUCGUGCCCGUCUACGACGACGUGGAGGGAAACCGCAUGUCUGAGAACGGGAAAACCAAGGUUCUGGGCGGGGUGAAGAACCUGAAGGUGACCGACCCGACCACCAGCUCCCUGAGGGUCCACUGGGAGGCGGCCGAGGGAAACGUCCGCCAGUACCGCAUCUUCUACGUCCCAGCAGCCGGCGGCGCCGAGGACAUGGAGCAGGUUUCGGGCGGAACCACCGACACGGUGCUGAGGAACCUGCUGUCGGACACGCCGUACACCGUUACCGUGGUUCCCGUUUACCCCGAGGGCGAAGGCUUGCGCCAGGCCGACAGAGGAAAGACCCUUCCGCGGACGCCGCCCAGGAACAUCCAGGUGUACAACCCGACGCCCAGCAGCCUGAACGUCCGCUGGGAGGCGGCGUCGGGCCGGGUGCAGCAGUACCGCGUGGCCUACGCCCCGCUGAGCGGCGCCCGGCCCGCCGGGUCGGUUCUGGUUCCUGGAAGCAUCACCAACGCCUACCUGGACAACCUGAUCCCGGACACGCCCUACGCCAUCACCGUCUCGGCGCUGUACGCCGACGCCGAGGGGGCGUCGGUCAAGGGCGACGGAAAAACACUGCCCCGAGCCGGCCCCAGGAAGAUGCGCGUGUACGACGCCACCACCAGCAGCCUGACGAUCGGCUGGGACCACGCCGAGGGCCCGGUCCGCCAGUACCGGAUCGCCUUCGCCCCCAUGGCCGGAGACCCCAUCACAGAGUUUACGAUGGUUCCAGGGAACCGGAACAACGCCAUGCUGCCCAAUCUGCUCCCAGACACGCCCUACAACAUCACCGUGGAGGCCGUCUACGCCGAGGGGCCCGGAGGGUCCCUGAACGGGAACGGGCGGACAAACUCGGGUUUGGAGAUGAAGCAUCGCUGGAUGUGCGUCAUUAGCCGCCAGAACAAAUCGGACUCUGUGAGGGUGGAGAACCGCAGACAGACUCAGCUGGGAGCCGUCCAGAGGACCCAGCGGGUUCUCCAGUCGGUUCCUGUUGGUUCCGGUCGGCUCCAGUCGGUUCCUGUCUCUGACCCGUUCCCGUGUCCGUCCUCCUCAGCCUCCAGUUUGGGUCAGCAGGAGGUCACCAUCCCGGCCGGCCUGCCUCAGUACUGCUUCGACGAACUCUCUCCGGACUCUGUGUACACGGCCACCGUCUUCGUUCAGACUCCCAACCUGGAGGGUCCAGGAGUCGGCGCCAAGGAGCGGACACUGGUGAAGCCGACUCCGGUUCCGACUCUGCCCCCGACCCCGACGCCGCCCCCCACCAUCCCACCUGGAUGGGCAGUGUGUAAAGGAGCCAAAGCAGACGUCGUGUUCGUCAUCGACGGCUCCUGGAGCAUCGGGGAGGAGAGCUUCUCCAAGGUCAUCCACUUCGUCUCCAGCAUCAUCGCCGCCUUCGACGUCGUCGGACCGUCAGGGAUGCAGGUUUCCUUCGUUCAGUACAGCGACGGCUCAAAGACCGAGUUCAAGCUCAACUCCUACGCAGACAAAGGCGUCGCCAUGGCAGCGGUGCAUCACAUCCGCUACCGAGGAGGAAACACCAAGACAGGUGUGUUUGGAUGGUUCUGGUCUGGUCCUGGUCCGGUCCGGUCCGGUCCUGGUCUGCAAGCCUCUGACCCGAGCCUCUCCCCAGGCUACAGCGUGUUCGCCAUCGGCGUGGCGGACGUGGACUUCGUGGAGCUGCAGCAGAUCGGCAGCCAGCCCAGCGACAGGCACGUGUUCGUGGUGGACGACUUCGACGCCUUCGACUCCAUCAGGGAGAACCUCAUCACCUUCAUCUGCGAGACGUCCACUUCCUCCUGUCCGCUCAUCUACCUCAACGGCUUCACCUCACCUGGGUUCAGGAUGCUGGAGGCCUUCAACCUGACGGAGAAGACCUACAGCUCCGUCCCCGGCGUCUCCAUGGAGCCCGGCUCCUUCAACAGCUACACGGCGUACCGGCUGCACCGCAACGCCUUCCUGACCCAGCCCAGCGCAGAGCUGCACCCAGACGGCCUGCCUGCCACCUACACCAUCAUCCUGAUGCUGCGCCUGCUGCCCGACUCGCCCGCCGAGCCCUUUGACCUCUGGCAGCUCUCCUCCAAGGACCACAAGCCUGAGACCGGGGUCACCGUGGACGGUUCUGCUCAGACCAUUUCGUUCUACAAUAAGGACGAAACCGGAGAAAUCCAGAGAGCCACGUUUGACCACAGCCUGGUGAAGAAGAUCUUCCAUGGCAGCUUCCACAAGCUCCACAUCCUGGUUUCCUCCAGCAGCGUGAAGCUGAAGGUCGACUGCCAGGAAGUGGAAGAGAAGAAGACAAAGGCAGCCGGCAACGUGUCCAGAGACGGGUACCAGGUUCUGGGCAAGAUGGCCAAGUCCAUCGGGUCCAAGGGCCAGUCUGCCACGUUCCAGCUCCAGAUGUUUGACAUCGUCUGCAACCUGGCCUGGACCAGCCGGGACCGCUGCUGCGACCUGCCCUCCAUGAGAGACGAGCUGAAGUGCCCCGCCCUGCCCAACGCCUGCACCUGCACGUCGGAGGCCAGCAGCCAGCCGGGCCCCCAGGGGCCGGUGGGCGCUCCCGGCAGUAAGGGGCCCCGAGGUGAACGAGGUGAAGCCGGAGCUCCGGGGCCGGCGGGGCCGCCAGGAACCAUCGGACCCCCGGGGCCCAUGGGUCUGCCCGGCCCCCAGGGACCCAGCGGCAUGUCCAUCCCUGGAGAGGCCGGCCGGCCGGGACCGAAGGGAGACCCCGGAGACUCCGGCCUGCCGGGUCAGAAGGGUUCUCCUGGUGCCGUCGGUCCCAUCGGACCCGUCGGACCUUCUGGAGUGAGGGGACCUUCAGGAAAGGAGGGACCAACCGGGCCCAGAGGACCACCAGGACCCAUGGGCCCUCCAGGAACUCCAGGAAUUCAAGGCCCUUCAGGACAGCCUGGGAACCCCGGGGACCUUGGCCCCCCGGGAGCCGUCGGUCCAAAAGGAGACAAAGGAGAGCGGGGCGACUUCGCCCCCCAGAACAUGAUGCGCUCCAUCGCCCGCCAGGUCUGCUCGCAGCUGGUCAGCGACCAGAUGAGCCGGGUCAACACCAUGCUGAACCAGAUCCCCAACGAGAACUACCGCAGCAGCAGCAGCCCGGGCCCCCCGGGGCCGCCAGGGCCGCCGGGCAGGCAGGGGCCCCGCGGGGAGCCCGGUGCCGGAGGCAGGAACGGGUUCCCCGGCAGCCCGGGCCAACCCGGCCAGCAGGGCGAGAGAGGUCCCGCAGGAGAAAAGGGCGACCGCGGAGUCCCAGGAGUCGGACAGAAAGGACCCCGAGGGCCGCCAGGUCCUCCAGGAGAGAGUCGGACCGGGACCCCGGGCCCCUCAGGCUCCCCCGGGCCCCGCGGCCCCCCGGGACGUCCGGGUUACGCCGGGGCCCGCGGCCCCCCGGGGCCCCCCGGCUACUGCGACUCCUCGCAGUGCGUGGGGAUUCCCUACAACGGCCAGGGAUACAUAGGAACCCGGGCCGGCGCCGCCCCCCAGGAGAACCAGCUGCUCCAGAACCAGCGCCGGAAGAGGUCGCUGCCCAGAACGCCGUCUGACAGGCUGACGUCAUAAGAGCGGCAGCUGAACGCCUGAAGGUGUUUGUCAAUACUGUUUGGCGCGGCGGUGUCGGCACUGGAGGAGGCGAGUGUUUGACCCAGUUCUUAGAACCGGAGGAGGUUCUGCUUGGGACCAGUAAACCCAGUAAACCCAGUAAACCCUGUGAGCUUCCCGUUUUCCUGCCUGUAACAUAUUUGCAUAGAGUGAAGUUAAAGCUUCAGGUCCAGUAUAACUCGGCUCUCAUGUGUAUCUUAGUAUUUAUCAGUUUGCCUUCAUUCUGCCGCUUCACCGUCCUGUGGUUCUACCGGGUCGAGUCAGAACCUUCCAGACGCAGCAUCACUUUUUAUUGGUUCAGCUGCAGAUUGUGAAAUCCACAGCCGUAUUUUCUUAUUUAUUUCUGAAAACGGAAGAGGCAUUUUUCAAUAAAACUACUGAAAAUCUCA